CGUAACGCCAAUGCAGAGCCACAUACCGUCAUUGAUGCCAAUACUUAUGUCUCAAUGGAGGCAAUGGUAUCUAAAGAUUGCGAUGACGCUACCUGUCCGCAGCAUUACCCUUCGGGUCCAUCUUCCGGUCCCUCAGUGCUAAGAGAUCCCGAUCUUCGGCCUCUAAUUAAAAUGUCGGUCAACCUGAUUCGCACAUACAAGAAUAUUAACGAGCUCCAGAAAAUUUGA